AAAAAUAAUACAUAUAUGUAACACUAGUGUUGCGUUAGCUGUUCUACCAACUUUUCUAUUGACACUUUAAGUUUGACAGCACAGCUGUUCGAUUCUGCUGUGGUUUAUGUCUCUCAGGUGCGAUUUUAUUGUAAUAAUCUGAAAGUACUAUCAUAUGAAGACGAGAUUACUUAGACUGCCUGUGACGAUUUAAUAGAAAUACUAUGCCCCUUUUUGGUAAAUCUCAGAAGAGCCCAGCGGAGCUUGUACGAUCCUUAAAAGAUGCCGUAACUGCUCUAGAAAGGGGGGAUAAGAAAGCAGAAAAAGCCCAAGAAGAUGUGAGCAAAAACUUGGUUUUGAUAAAAAACAUGCUGUAUGGUACUUCAGAUGCAGAGCCCCAAACUGAUAUCAUAGUAGCACAGCUGGCGCAAGAAUUGUACAAUACAAACCUCCUUCUUCUCCUCAUUCAAAACUUGAACCGCAUUGACUUUGAAGGAAAAAAAGAUGUUGCCCAGGUAUUUAACAAUGUGUUGCGGCGUCAAAUAGGUACUCGGUCCCCAACAGUUGAGUACAUAUGUACAAAACCUGAAAUUCUGUUUACCUUGAUGUCUGGGUAUGAGCACCAAGAAAUUGCUUCAAAUUGUGGCACUAUGCUUAGAGAGUGUGCUAGAUAUGAGGCUUUAGCUAAAAUAAUGUUAUAUUCUGAUGAUUUUUACAAUUUCUUCAGAUAUGUAGAAGUUUCAACAUUUGAUAUUGCCUCUGAUGCCUUUUCUACAUUUAAGGAACUGUUAACACGACAUAAAGUAUUAAGCGCUGAGUUUUUAGAAGCAAAUUACGAUAAGGUGUUUAACCAUUACCAACGACUGUUGAACUCGGAGAAUUAUGUAACUCGACGGCAGAGUUUGAAAUUACUUGGGGAACUCCUGCUGGAUCGACAUAACUUUUCUAUUAUGACGCGCUACAUCACCAACCCGGAGAAUUUGAAGUUGAUGAUGAAUAUGCUUAAAGAGAAAUCGCGUAAUAUACAGUUUGAGGCUUUCCAUGUUUUUAAGGUGUUCGUAGCCAAUCCUAACAAACCAAAACCAAUACUGGAUAUACUGCUUAGAAACCAGGAUAAGUUGGUGGACUUCCUGACCAAGUUCCACACAGACCGCUCUGAAGAUGAGCAGUUCAAUGAUGAGAAGGCUUACCUUAUAAAGCAAAUUAAGGAAUUGAAGCCAUUAGAACACUAACAUUGCAUCACAUCACUUCAAAGAAGUUAGUUAUAGACGCUAUAUUAUAUUUAAAUGCUUCUAAGUCACCGGAGGGUGUGGUCACACAAGACUCCUAUUAUUCUACAUUUGGUCUGUGAUGAGUCAUUUGUGUGCUGCGAGCAAAUUAUUUGUAGGAAUUUUUAGUGUUAUCCUAUGGUUUCGCAUACAAUUUGUAAGUUAAAACCAUUAGUUAUAGUGACAGUUCCUAAGUCACAAUUGGAUUUUUUAUUGUAUCAUUCACAAAUUAGGGAGAAAAGUCUGUUACAGAAUCUUUUACCAAAAUGUUAUGUAAUUUGUAAAUAUGACAUGUAUUUUUUAAUUUUUAUUUUAUUCGAUAACAGUUGUGUAACUGAGCUAAAGUAGGAAAUUGUAAAUGGCUUAAUCUGUUGCAUAAUCAAAAAGAUAAUAUUUGAAGUUAUUUUUACAACGAUUUUUUUAAUAAUUAAAUGAGUAUGUCAACUUCUAAACAACAGUUUUUAUGUUAUCGUUACCAAUGUGUGAGGGAGACCUAUCUAUGCAAGCGAGAUGCAAUGCAAAAGUCGGCCAUUUAUAAGUUCCUUCUCCUCAGCUAUUAUGAGUAUUGGUUCCUUAUUUGUAUGCAUUGAAUUUCCAUUGUAUUAUCCAUAGGACUUUGAGCGCUAACUUUUAUAUAUUUUGUAGCACAGUUUCAUUAAUUCAAUUUUUUUGUAUUAAUCAAUAUAUAGUUAUAAUUUACGUCAUCAUCACGUUUGUGUAGUUACAGUUAAAUAAAUAUUUUGCGUUUAUAGAAUAUUAAUAAAUAAUGCAGGAAGUAUAUAAACAAAUUUAUUUUCUGUUAAUGUAAGUAAAUUUAUUGGGGUUUAACUUAUUUUAGACAAAGGAAAAUUUUAAUUGAUUGCACUACAUUUAACACGUUAAAAUUAUUUUAUUAAAGAAAUAGAGAAACAAUUAUUAGAAUGUUUCAGAAUAGUGUUGCCUGCUAGGGAAAAUAAUUCAAGUCGAAGAUAUUCGCAUCAUGAAGCAGGGAUAUUUGAAAUCUAAAUUAGCCACAAUAUACCUACCUAUAAUCACAUUUUGUACAUUUGGCAAAUUUUGUCACAUAAUAAUGAUGAAUAAAUUAUUAGAAAAAGUU